CCCCCUCCUGCUUGCCUAUCAUUUCUCCACCAGGUCCUGGAGCCGCGCUCUUCUUACUAGAGUACCAGCAGCCAUGGCGGACAUCAAAACGGGCAUCUUUGCCAAAAAUGUCCAGAAGCGCCUAAGCCGAGCGCAGGAAAAGGUGCUGCAAAAGUUGGGAAAGGCUGACGAGACGAAGGAUGAGCAGUUUGAAGGAUUCAUCCAGAACUUCAAAAAACAGGAGGUGGAGGGAACCCGACUACAGAGGGAAAUGAAAGCUUAUCUGGCAGCAGUUAAAGGAAUGCAGCAAGCCUCCAUGAACCUAACCGAGUCCCUGCAUGAGGUGUAUGAAGCUGACUGGUACGGAAAAGAUGACGUCUUGACCAUUGGGAAGAAUUGUGAUGCGCUGUGGGAAGACUUCCAUCAGAGGCUGGUGGACUCGUCACUUAUCACCUUGGAUACCUAUCUUGGGCAAUUCCCCGACAUUAAAACUCGUAUUGCGAAAAGAAGCCGGAAGCUAAUUGACUAUGACAGUGCGAGGCAUCACUUGGAGACUUUGCAGGCCUCCAACAUACGAAAUGAGCGCAAAAUCUCAAAGGCUGAAGAGGAGUUCAACAAAGCGCAGAAAGUGUUUGAGGAGCUGAAUGUCGACCUUCAAGAGGAGCUACCCUCUCUAUGGGACAGUCGGGUGGGCUUUUACGUGAACACCUUCAAAAAUGUUACACACCUGGAGUCCAAGUUCCACAGAGAAAUUGCACAGCUCUGUCACAAGCUGUACGAGGUGAUGACCAGCCUGGGGGAGCAGCAUGCGGAUAAGGCCUUCACCAUCCAGGGAGCUCCCAGUGACUCGGGCCCCCUCCGGCUGGCCAGAACGCCCUCGCCCCCCGAGGACGAGUCGCCGCCCGCCAGCCCGGUCACCGCCAGCCCCAACCACAUGCUCGCGCCCGUCUCGCCUGGCCCGCCCCGACCCAAGUCGCCCUCACAGCUCAGGAAGGGUCCGCCGGUGCCGCCCCCGCCGAAGGUCACGCCCACCAAGGAGCUGCACCAGGAGCAGAUCGUCAGCUUGUUUGACGAUAACUUUGUCCCAGAGAUCAGCAUCACCACGCCUUCACAGGACCAAAAGGCUGGAGAGUCUCUCUUGGAUCUGGACUUUGACCCAUUCAAGCCGGACUCCGCCACUCCCAUUGGCCAGUCACAAUCACCCAUGUCACAGACUCUGCCUUGGGACCUAUGGACGACGAGCGCUGGUCCACCACAGCCUCCUGACUCUCUGUCUCUCUGUAACCUGGCUGGGGAGGAGGGCACUGAGAUUUGUGGUGCCAGUGACACCACCAGCUCGGUCUCUGACCCUGGGGCAGGCGGGAGCUCUGGUCCCGGCUGGGCGGCCGACUUCGGCUUCCCCGCGGCCACCGGGGAGAGCAGCACCGAUGCCGAAAAGGGAGGCUUGGACCUCCCGCCCCCUUCCCCGUCCAACCAGGGAGGACAGGGCCCCCUUGGAGACGAUAGCCAGAUUUGCGCUGAGGGGAAGGAGGCGGACACAGAGGAGGAGGAGAGGCGGGGCCAGCCUUUGGUAGACAGCCGGGCCGACGAGGUCGCCCCGCCACCGGGAGACGCUCCCAAAGCAGAGGUGUCCAACAAUGCUUUUAAUGGAUUUUCGCAGAUGGAUGCAGGCACCUCCUUGUUUACCACGGAUUCAAACCAGAGUGGGUUUGGUACAAUGCCUGAGGCCGAGGUGGAGCCUCCUGGUGGUGAAAAAGGGGCAGUGUCUGAAACUGUCUCUGAACCAGGCCAGGCCCAGGAAUCUUCCGCCACUGCUGCUGAUGCUAGCGCUGGUGGUGGUGCAGAUGCUGCUCAAGCAAGCCCACCAACAGAAAAGGCUGCAGACAUUGAACCAGCGGGUGAAACGGAGGGGUCUGAGGAGCCCCCGGUGAGUGUGGCAACCGAAUCCACUGAGAUGCCCCCGGCCGCCGCGGCUGAGACCGAGAGCCCAGCUGAAGCCCCAGCGGAGCCUGCCCCAACCGAGGAGGCAGAGAAGGGAUCCCCCUUCACGGAGGUUCCGGCUCCUUCAGAGGAUGUGGGGUCCCCCAAAGAGCAGUCACCGACCGUAGCACCGGACGUAGGCGAUGAAAGCACUGAUAAAGAGGUUAACGAAGACACUGGGGCGACGGAGGACAACAUGCCCAUCCCUUCAGUGGUGAUUGAGCCCGCGUCCAGCAACGAGGGCGAUGACGACCGUGACGGCGACAUCAUCUCGCCCGUCACCCCCAGCGACAACGGGGAGCUGCCCGAGGGCGAGCCGUCCAAAGAGGGCGCCGCCCCCCCGGAGACUGACAAGGCCGAAGCGGCAGCGGCUGUCCCAAGUCUCCCGCCUGGCUUUCUCUAUAAGGUGGAAACUUUGCACGACUUUGAGGCGGCAAACAGUGACGAGCUGGACAUGAAGAAGGGAGAUGUGGUGUUGGUGGUCCCCACGACAACAACUGAAGACCAGGAUGCCGGAUGGCUCACAGGAAUCAAGGAAAGUGACUGGUUGCAGCAAGGGGACAGCGCUAGUUCAGGACUCUUUCCAGCAAACUUCACCCAGCGCCAAGCGUAACGACCGGUCCUGGAAGCCGCAAGGGAAGGGAGCUCGGUAACCGUGAGUCCUUGAGAAACUGAAACGGGCUUUGAAAACUGUAGUCUGUAAGAACGUCUUCGUCGGUCAGCUGAGGACAAGCGGACAUCAGAGUGGAUGAAAACGGUCGGCCGAUCGACCCGGCUGCGCGGACACAAACACAACCACUGCGUUCAAAUGGUGGAGCAUGAUGCAAGACCGUGGUCUAACUCCUUAUGUUUCAUUCGUUUCACCUGUAAGCAGCAACAAACUGAUUUUGUGCUUUCUUUGAGCUUUGGUGACCCUCUACAUGUAAUCCCUUGAAGCAAAAAGGAAAAAAAGAACAAAGUCAAGAAAUGUCCGAGAGAAAACACCAUACCUUUUCAGCACUAAGUGUAUUGUAUUCAUUUUGUUGCUCUCCAGAUGGUUUUAAUCAGUAAUCUGUAGUGAAAUGAUCUAUUUAAGUCUUGCUACACAAGACUUUUAAAAUGUUUUAUUUGAGACAUAAAUGUUAUCUUGCAUUGUUGUUAGUGUUUUCUGUAGUUUCAGGGCUGAAUGUGUGGCUGUUAUGUUUGGCAUAUCUGGUGAUUGUUUUGUUCACAAACAAUAAAUGCUGCUCUUUUGCCAAAAAAAAAUGAUUAAGCAUAAUUCUGGAUGUUAUGAGGAAUGUCCAGCAUAAUUUCGCAAAGCUGUAAUGGGAAGAUGAAAAAUCCAUUCUGACUGAAGCAGAUGCAGCAUUCUUGACAGAAUAAUUAUAUAUCAGAUCCCUGAUCUGGAAGAAAAGAACUGGAAUCAAGCUUGCAUACUGUUCUUACCUGAUAUCUACCUUUGUGUUACCAGUCCAUGCUGUGAAAGCACGUUUUUGUGAAUUUCUCUUUGUUAAGACAUAUUGUGCUUUAUUUGCCUUUUUUGGUCAAAUAACAUUGGUGAGGUUCUGGAGGUAGGCCAUGAGGUGAACAAUACAUUUACCUGUCAGAAUAGUUUCCCAAUGUUCAGCUGUUCAGUUAAAAACAAAUCCUGCCUCAUUCUAGUUUGCAUACAGUCCACAGUGUAGAACUUUUUUUGUGAUGUACACGUCCCUGUUUAUUUAUCAAAAUGAAUAAAAUAUACUUCACAGAGAAA